AACUUAUUAAAUAGAUACUGAUGUUUAAAAGAAAUCUGUCAGAUAGGCUUGGGGAUGGCAUAGGACAACGAUUAGCUUUGCCACCCUCACAAGAUGAAAAUUACGACCUCAGAGAAACGCUUGAAAAUAAAACACUUCCAGUGUCUGCUAGGAUUGGAGGAACCAAAAGUCGAUCUGAGAUGGAACGACCUUACAAUGAACCAAAGGGACUUCAAGGAAGAUUAGGAUUAGCCGCAUCAGAGCAGUCAGAUCGGCACACCGGAGAAAUUCAUACAGCUCCGAAAACGGACAUAAUUUCUGCGGCUAAGAAAAUAGUGCAGAACGUCAGUAUGGGCGCUCGUUUGGAGGACCGCAUUGGAACUACAGGGCCAGUAAGUAAAAGCUCGAACUUGCGUAGCCGUCUAGGAACUGAAAACCGGAGCAGCAAACCGUUGCCUGAACAUUUAUCGAUCGUAAAUGACAGGAAACGAAAAACAAACGAUGCCUAUGUGAUUCAAGAUGAUAAUGAGACGCUAGAGAAUGAUAUGCAAAUUGUGAUUCAUCAAGAUGUAAGGCCAGCUAAGUUGCAAUACAGUGAACCGAUACGGGAUUUGACUCUUAAUCGUUUCAUGGAUAUUGGCGAAGAUGCGCCGAUGAGCUUCGCGACAAAUCUGAAUAGGCACUCACUGCGUCCUCUCGAUCUGUAUGAUAGAUCGAAUAACCGUUUCGUGAACAGGAAUGCGUUAGAUCCUAGAGGUAUGUCAAAUGAUAGUCAGUUAGGUCUCUCAUCUUCACGAGGCUUCCAAGAAAGAGAUUCAUUUGGACCUGUUAGGGGUUUCGAGAUGCCUCUCUCACGAGAUGAACUACUUCUACAACAGAUGCAAGAAGAGCGUGCUCUGUUGAGUCGUAUGCAACAUACAAGAGAAUUGCCAAUGGACAUCGGAGGCAGGAGUUCGCAAAUGAAUUACGGCCGCGGAGGCUAUAUGAGAAGAGGUUUGAUGGAUGAUGAUUUAUUGUCGCGUCAAGCGCAAUCGCGACAUGCAAUACUUGCGCCACCGAUUACUAGUGCCGCAGCUCUUGAAAUGGAAAGAUUCAAAGCACAGCAAUUUGCUGCUAGAGAAGAGCUUCAAAUGAGAGAGGAGCUGGAACGCGAAAGGCGAAAACGUGAAGCUCUGGAGGAAAAAUUGAGAAUGCAAGAGGCCAAAAUGAGAAUGCAACAACAAACUCGCGUUGACGUAGGAAGACAACCGACCAAGUUUGGUUCGAUUUUGGAGAGUAAACGGAACGUCGCGGCUCCUGUAGCCCUGAAGCCAACAACUGCGCCUAGUAAAGUUAUCUCAACCAAGCCCUCUGCGAAUAUCGCCAGUAGACUUGGUCCCCCAGCGAAGAAAGUCGAGACUGUAGUACAAAAGGAGGUGCCUAAUGUUGUCAAAAAGAUCCCUAAGAUCAACGCAGUUCCAAUGUUUCGACAGGAAAUUGACUCUGAUUUGCAGAAGCAUGUAGUUCAGUUGACUCCAAGACAACAUGCUGAUUAUAACAUGCGUGUCCUGGAGUUCGUUCAAGCAUGUACUGAGCUGUCAAUGAAUGAAAGGUUCUCUAAUAUCGUUGCUGUGAUUUAAGCCAACCCAGAUUAAGUCUUUUGUGGAAUUGAUUAUAAACUCUUUAUAAUUUGACGUAUCUCUGAAUUCGCAAACAUGCUCUUUUACGCAGUCAGUAUUGAAUUGGUAUCAUCUGAAGUAACCUCUCGUUAGCUCAUGUGAAAUCACGAACGCUCCCGACGAUAAAAUCAAAUUCAGUUUUAACUUGAAUUUUAUGAUUCACUAAACUAUGAA